AUGGGUCCCAUGUCAUCAGUAUUCUGGCUCGGCAACCGCUGUAUGCUCGGGCUUGGGGCAUGUUCGCAAACUACAGUCAAUCUGCUCCGCGAGAAGGAAUGCUCAAAGGAGGUCCCUAAGGUCAAAGUCAUGCUCGGCUACCGGUAUGACAAGGAUAAAUUCAAGACUAGCGGCCUGACACCAAUGAACUCUGAGCGUGUGCGUCCAGACAGAAUCAAGGAGUGUCCCGUGCAGAUGGAAGCUGAGCUGCCAGGGUACUACGAAAUGAUGAGCAGCCUGCUGGGAGAGGCAAAGGGAUUCACCUUGGCUCUCGAAGUUAAGGUGAAGAGGACCUACGUGGAAGAAAAAUUGCGCUUGCCUGGGCAUGAGAAUCGCAUCAAUCCAGAUGCUUGGCGACCCAUGAUCAUGAGCUUCCAGCAUUUUGUAUGGGUUGUGGAACGGCGCGCGGGAGAAGUUCACGUUGGCAGAUAUUGA